AUGGUGAGCGAACGAAUCGCCUAUUGGAUGAUUUUCUUCGUGUUCUUCUUUCAUGAAGUCGCUCAUAACGUUGCCUGCAACCUUAUUCCGACCCGUCUAAUGCCAGUGGAUUUGUUGUGAUGCUUUCUGCAGACCUUCAAGCGCAGGAACGGGGGACGCAAUAAGCAUGGCCGCGGUCAUGUUAAGUUUAUUCGCUGUUCCAACUGUGCGAAGUGCUGCCCAAAGGUACGGCCUCCUUUGCGGGUCAUAUCUGCUUCUUUACUUUGUUACCGCCAUAUGAUGGCGAUGCGUUCUUUUGCAUCUAGUCGAUGACGCUUGUUUUCGUCUUUGUUUGGAUAGACUAAUAGAUACGUCCUUGCAAUGUUUGCUUACAUAUGCAUUGGUUCGUGGAUUGCUCUAACUUCGAUGAUUUUAUUUUAUUUAUCUUGCUUGUUGAAUCAUUCUAAAAGUUAAUGCUGUAAUGUGGUAGCGUGUCUUAUUUUUAUGUUUACCUUUAUUUUAUUUCGAAGGACAAGGCCGUCAAGAGGUUUCUUGUUAGGAACAUUGUCGAGCAGGCUGCCGUGAGGGACGUCCAGGAAGCUUGCGUUUACGAGAGUAAGAAUUCUCGAUUGCUUUCUGUCCUUAGUCGACUGCUUCGGAUCCUUGACUUUUCUAAUUGCGUAAUCGAUUUGUGUUUUAGGUUAUACUCUUCCCAAGCUUUACGCGAAGAUGCAUUAUUGCAUUUCUUGUGCCAUCCAUUCUCACGUGGUUCGGGUGCGAUCUCGGACAAACAGGAGGAACCGUGAGCCACCACAGCGUUUCAGGCGUAGGGUAUGAAUCUUCAUGCCACGCACUGUUCUUUUCGUUUAAUGUUCGUUUUUACAAUUCUCAUGAGUUUGGCUUGCAAGAACUCUAGUUGAUGAUGUCGAAACCCUGUACCGAUCACUUCUCAUGAAAACGGAGACUGAUAUUCCUUACAUGAUCCUAAAAUAGAGAGUCAACUGAGGACCAUUGAUGCGAAUUUUCUGAAACGACUGUUCUUGGAAGUCUGUUCUUUCAUCCAAACCCUUAGAUUCUUCUUUCCCCCAAUUUCAGGGUCCCUUUUUUUCCUGUCGAAGUAUCAAUUAAUGUGAGGGCCUGUCAUACACGCCUUUGGGUAGGCUAGUGAACCAAUUAUUCUACGGGUCUUGAGGUUUCUGCCCAAAGUUCUAUGUCAUUGUUAGCCAUUUAUCGAUCUAUUUAGUAAUCGAUCAUAGGAGACGUUUCGAAGGCAGCUAGAAUCAGUUACAUCAGAUCUGAAAGCAGGAAUUCGCCUCUAGCUCCAUUAGUCGUCAUUAACCAGGCUCUGGCGCUCAUGUCGGAGCCUUUUACUAGGUAGAUUGCUAGAUUCCUAUGUCCAAAGCAUCUAGGCUGUAGUUCUUACUAAAUCUUUUGCAAACUAAAAUGCUUAUCGGACAAAGUUUCCAUGGCAUUUGUGAUUCUUGAUGCGAAACCCACCCCCAUCUCGCCACUGUCAUGAAACCUUUACUCGUGAUUGCCACAGUUUCAAUGCACUUUCUUCAUUGGGACGCAAAAAUCUUCCUCCUCUGUUCGAUGCACAUAUCUGUUGUAACCUCUGUUCUUCGUUUUACUGCCUUUGAAUUGGCCUCGGACCAGACCCCUUUAGCCUGUGUAUCGACAGAGGGCGUCUUAUGUUUUUGCACAUUUUAUUUAGCAUUGUUUUCUCAAAAUUUCCCAAUGUGGAAGCUAAUGGGUUCGACCCGCUGGUGGCAGGACGACACCAAGCCCGGGGUGCCCGGUGGCCCGCGCCCGGCCGGCGCUCCUCCGACUGCGGCGAAGCCGUAA